AGGAAGAAGUGAAUGAAGAGAAAGAAGAGAGAUAUACAGAAUCAAGGAAAAUCACUGUGAAAGAAAAUGUGUCGCUUAAAAAAUACCUAAUGUACGUUAUAAACAUCUCUGGUGUAGAAUUAUUUGAUAAAGUCUUACAAAAUUUGCUUUCACAAGGACAUGCUGCUGGAUUUAAUUUAGAUCUCUGA